AUGGAAAAAACUAAAGCUGCACAACCAACAUGGGCUGAACUGAUAGGAAGCAACAACUGGGAAGGCCUCCUUGAGCCCUUAAACCUCAGCCUCCGGAACUUCAUCCUUCAAUGUGGCAAUUUCUGUCAAGCCACUUACGAUGCCUUCAAUGAUGACCAAAAUUCCAAGUACUGUGGUUACUCUAGGUAUGGAAAGAACACUUUCUUCGACAAAGUCAUGCUGGAAUCGGCAUCCAAUUUCCAAAUCUACAGCUUUCUCUAUGCCACGGCCCAGGUUAGUGAAGGCGAAGCUCUCCUAUUUCACUCAAAAUCACGUGAACCAGGGGACAGGGAAUCCAAUUGGAUUGGCUAUAUUGCCGUCACUACCGAUGAAGUUAGUCAACGAUUAGGCCGUCGUGAAGUUUAUGUUGUAUGGCGUGGUACAAAACGAGCUUAUGAAUGGAUAGACGAUUUUCAUUCAACUCCAGAUUCCUUUGAACAUUCGUUACAACCUAUGGCUUCUCAAGACGGCUCUAAAGACGAUGAGAACGUGCCUAAAGUCAUGCAAGGUUGGCUCACAAUCUAUGUUUCUACCGAUCCCAAUUCACCUUUCACAAAACUAAGUGCAAGAACUCAGCUUUUGACAAAGAUUAAAGAACUUAGGAACCAGUAUAAGAAUGAGAAUCUGAGCAUAAUAGUCACUGGUCACAGUCUUGGUGCAAGUCUAGCUACUUUAUCUGCAUUUGAUCUUGUUGACAAUGGAAUUACUGAUAUUCCGGUAUCUGCCAUUGUUUUUUGCAGUCCAAAAGUGGGAAAUGAAGCUUUUAACGAUAGAUUGAAUCAAUUCUCGAAUCUGAAAGUUUUGCACAUCAGGAAUAAGAUUGAUCUUAUACCACAUUAUCCAAUUUUGUUGGGAUAUUCGAACACAGGUAUCGAGCUACAAAUUGACACCAGAAAAUCCCCGAACUUGAAGGUCUCGAACCAACCUUUUGACUGGCAUAAUUUGGAGGCUAAUUUACACGUGGUGGCGGGUUGGAACGGAGCUGAAGGAGAAUUUGAAUUGAAGGUGAAGCGGAGCUUGGCUUUGGUCAACAAGUCUUCUGGUGCUCUCAAGGAUGAGUAUUUUAUUCCAGAAUCAUGGUGGGUUGAGAAGAAUAAAGGAAUGGUUCUGAAUGGAGAUGGAGAUUGGAUUUUGGUAGAACCAUCAGAUGAAGACCAACCUGUGCCUGAAUUCUGA